GUUCCCCAAAGGAACGAUUGUGCGAAGUUUUAGACGUCCGUCUAAAACAGCUACCUCCUCUCACAUGGAAUGAUAUCGAUAAAGCACUUAGAUCAAAAACGAUAGGUGAACAAAAACUCGCGAAUGAAAUUCUGGGAGAAAGUGUUGAUAAAAACAAGCCAAGAAAAAGGAAGCAAGAUCUUCCGAGCGAUAAAGAUAAGAAAAUCCGAAAGUUAGAAGUUAUUGAGAAGUUGUCUUUAUAGUAAAAGGAUAUGAAGAAGAGCCGCAAUUAGAUAUGGAGAGAGAAAAAGGCUCUCCGAGAAAUGAAGAUCCCACUACAUUAAUGAUGGAUGAAUCAUCCUAUGAAGAGCUAACAACUGUUUUCAAAAGCUUUUUUGGAAAGCUAUGCUUAGAAAUUGUUGACCCAGUACACAUUGCCGCUCUGAUGCUGAAGAAGAAGCUUAUAUCUGAUUCAAUAAUCCAAGAUAUGCUGCAAUGUUCUGAAUCCCAAGUAGCUAAGACAGUUGCUUUAAUGCUUGGUUUACUUAGGAAAGUACAGUCACACCCGGAGUGUAUUGUUGUUUUUAUUGAAGUGUUAUCAGAAUGCAGAGGCAUGCAGAUUAUUUGCUAUGAAAUGCUGAGAGAAGCAGGAAUAGUGUGUCCCAGUGUAAUCCUGAAAGGUCAACUCUAUACCAAAGUAAGCACAAACGAAAUUAUUCAAGUAGCAUCCAAUAAAUCAGAAGUUUCACCAACACAAGCUACAUCUGUAAGUUCACACUGUGAUAUUAUGUCAAAACACAAUUUGUCUCCAGUUCUACAAAAAUAUAAAGAUUAUUUAUCAUCGUAUUACAAAGCUAGAGGUCUUGCUGCUGCUGACAAGUACCUCCCUGCUUUGAAAAUUCCCUACAUUAAUCUUGCUAUUGUCACAAGUGAAUCCUAUAAUCCGCAACAGAGGGAUGAGUUUACUGAACAAACACUACAGGGAGGGGUUGACCAAAUUCUUUACAUUAAACAACCAGUUGUUAUUGAGGAUUUAAUGAAACCAGUGAAAAGAAAACCUGUUAAAUUUGUUUUAGUAGAAGGUGCACCUGGAAUUGGUAAAAGCGCCUUUGCUUGGGAGAUGUGUAGGAAGUGGGAAAAUAUUCAUAGCCUACGAGCUUAUCAGUUGGUCGUGCUCCUGAAGUUACGG